AUCCAAACUGUAACGCCCAAAAAUUACACUUAGCACUUUGAUGUGAAGACGAACAUGUGACGCAAUGAUUUGACCUGAAUCAUCAUUUUCUUUUGCUAAAAAUGAAAGUGAAAAACUGCUUUUUAAUUUCUCAUUGAGUGUCCAGUUUAUCUAAUUUAAUUUAUUUACAGCAAUUAGCAACCAGUGUUAUUUUAGUAUCACUGAGAUACUAUUAUAGUUUUUAUUCAUAUUUUAUUAUAGUUCAGUUAAUGUUCAUUAAUUCUGAUGUUUUUAAUUUCAGUUUUAGUUAACUAUUAGCAACCUUGGAACAAUAAUAUUUUCCCCUGGGAGGUUAUUUAGAAAAUUAAUAUUUCUUUAUUGGCAUUUAGUGUUUUCUUUCCAUUACUCUCAUUCCACAAAAAAAAAAAAAAAAAAAGGUUCUUCUAUGGCAUCGCUGCAAAAAAAAAAAACCAAAAAACAAAACAAGCUGAAAUACAUUUAGGAGGAAUUCAGGAUCUGAGUUUUUCUGUAAUGUCAGUGAGAUAACAACUUCACUAUCCGGCAGCAGCGUCUCUGAAGGGGAUCUGCUGCUUCAAAUGCAAAUGGAAGGCAAAUGACAGAAUGACUUUUGAAUGAAAUGUGGCCUGCCGGCACUGUGUGAUGACAGGUCUGCGUCUCUGCGUUCACUGCAGGCCCUGAAUGGUUUUGUCCUGGUCGUGUCCACAGAUGCCUCUAUCUUCUACGCCUCGGCCACCAUUCACUACCUCGGUUUCCAUCAAUCUGACGUGGUUCAUCAGAGCGUGUUUGAUCUGAUCCACGUCGAGGACCGUGUCAGCUUCAGAUGCCAGUUGCACUUUGCCCUCGACCCCGAGUCCAGCACAGAUGGUUGGUGUCAAACCAGCAGACAGUGAGAGGAUUCCUCGUCCUUCCUGGAGAGGAGCUUCUGCUGUCGUCUCCGCACAGAACCACACAAAGGGCCUUAACUGAAUCGAAGUUCAGUCAUAAAAAUGGAAUUUACUGUAUAAUGUGGAAUGUCAUGGAAUUUGGAAAGUUUUGGAUGAAUGGAUCAAAUGUAACAGUAAACCUCUGUUGUGCGGCACUUAGUUUGCCAAAAAAUAGAAGGAACUGUUGUUGUUUUCAUUUGAUUACAUGUUAAAAGAUUACUCAAAUUGUUCAUAUUUUAUGACUUACCACUGUUUUUGAUAAUAAAUCUGUAUUAAAUGAAACAGACAACACAGUAUUUAAUAAAAUAUUUCAUAGGGCCCUAUUAUUGUGACGAAAAAACUUUAAUAAAUUAUAAAAGUUUUAUUAAUUAAAUUUAUUAGAUAUGCUUUUUGCUUAAUAAAAUUAAAAAUGGAUUGAAACGUUUAAACAUAAUCCAUAAUAAAACGGAAUUUGGAGAAAAUAAAAUGUAUUCAUAGGGCCCUAAAAAUUAAUGUUAAAUUAAUGUACAGUAUAUAGAAUUACAUUAAAGUUAAAUUAAUUUUUUUGUUAAAUUUAAAAUUAAGUUAAACUCUAAUUGUUGUUAAAUUGUAUGCAUUUCAUGAUUUCAGUUAAUUAGACAUGCUUUUGAUUACAAAAAUUUAAUUUCAUCAUUAAAAUGGAAUCUAAAAAAAAAAUCAAUAAAUGCAUAGAAAAAUAACCCCACAUACACAAUCCAAGAAAAGUAAAAUGGAAUAAAUGGAAUUUGAGAAAAAAAAAAAAAAAAAA